AUGGGGACGAGGCGCCAGAUCCGGGCGUGGCCUGGGAUGGGCGUGGCACUCUGGGGCCCCUGGGGAUGCAGAAACAAAGAGUCUGUGCCCAGUCCCAGUUACAAAGGUGUUUAUUUUGAUUAUUAUUUACAUUCUUAUCAUCUUUGGGCAGCCGUGACCCUGCUGGAGUCCGGGGGGGACCUCCAGCCCCCCGGGGGGUCCCUGACUCUGCUCUGCCGUGGAUCUGGAUUCGAUUUUGGGGGUUAUGGAAUGAUCUGGAUCCGCCAAAGACCCGGAAAGGGAUUGGAAUAUGUUGCAGAGAUUGACUAUGAUGACGACACUUACUACGCGUCGUCGGUGCAGGGCCGGUUCUCGAUCUCCAGGGACAACGGGCAGAGCUCGGUGACGCUGACCAUGAACGACCUCAAGGACGAGGAUUCCGCCGUUUAUUUCUGUGCCAAAAGUGCUGUUGCUGGUUGGGGUGCUGAUGGCGCUGGUGCUGGUUUUGUUGAUGGUUUCAGCCCCGUCCCCCUCCUCAGGUCUCCACCUGUCCCCAAAUUGUCGGAGCCCGGUUUGGUUUUUGGCAGCCUGGAAACCAACGGGAGGAUUUGUUCCUGCUCUGUGCAUUCCUGUUCUGGAGGAGCAAACCUGGAAGGGCCCUUUUGUGUCCCUGCAGGAGCGCAGGGAGCAGGGCCCGGCCCCGGCACAGCGUUUGUCCAGGCUCAGAUAAAACCGGCAAUCCUUCAAUCCUGCACGGGGGGAGAGCACAAAGAGCGGGGAGGAGACCCCGAGGGCGGGGGAGCAGGAGUCGGGGUCCAGAGGGAAGGGAAGGAGGAGACGCCGCGAGUUUGGGCUGAGCCCACAGCCGGCAAUUAG